CACCCACCCACCCACCCACCGACUGAGAUGGAGUGGGCUCCAAAACUGAUGGUUUUCUAUGCUCUUUGCCUUUCCUUCUCACUAGACUUCACCACAGAGACAAAAGAGCAGAGCAAAAGCACAAAAGGAAAAAAGAGAGGCUCAGCAAAAAUCAAGGACCAGCACCGGAGGGCUCAGGAAUCAUCACCUGACCCACUGUUGAGAAUCAGUCCAGGCGCCUCCACAGACUACACCCUUGUAGAGGAUUAUGAGCGGAGUAUCCAUGAAAUGGUUAACCAGCUGCAGAAUAGCUCAGAGCCCCUGGAUAGCAAAUGCCAAGUCAACUUGAGACUCUGGAUGUCCAACAAAAGAAGUUUGUCUCCUUGGGCCUACAGGAUAAAUCACGAUGCCACAAGGGUACCAGCCGACAUCCCAGAGGCACACUGCUUAUGUGCAGGAUGCAUCAAUCCCUUCACCAUGCAGGAAGACCGCACCAUGGUCAGCAUCCCCAUCUACAGCAAAAUCCCAGUGCGCCGCUUGCUGUGCGAACCAAGCAAGCCUCACAGGAAGAAGAAAAGGUGCCACAAAGAGCACAAGAUGGUUAUGGAGACGAUUGCUGUGGGCUGCACUUGCAUCUUCUGAGGGAUACACAAAGGACACACCUCUAAUUCUUGCAUCCUUUAGGGUUAGUACGGUGCCUGCCUUCUUUACCACCACUUCCUUCUCUUGCCAGUACAGUACUGGACAGCAAAGGCCCAUCCUCCCUCUCUGCUCUUGCUCUUUCUUCUGCCAGGGUGAGGAAAGAAGAAUGUGCAGUCACAGUCUGAGGCUGCUAACAGCAAGCACUUGAAUUAUCAAGAGGUUCUGUGCAUCACAUCAGUAAUCCAGGACUCAACAGAAAGGCUGAAACUAGAUGACAUUGUUAGCAGUUUUAGAAGCUGUGUUUUAUCAAGUGCUGGGUAGACAUCCUAGCACAUGAUCUUUCUCACCUCUGUAUCUUGCAUUUAGCAUGAUUUUUCUUUGUAAUUGAUCAUUGGAAAGCAAUCACAGGUUCCAUUUUCAUGAAAACAGCUCAGUGGAAGAGCACACAGUUUGCCCGCAGAGUAACUUGGUCUACUCCUACCAAAGUAUACACAUUACUAACUAGAUUCUAUGGACCACAAAUGAUCGGCCUCCCUAGAUGUUCAGCUUCCUAAAAGGAGGAAAUAUAAUUAAGCAGGAAAGAGACAUUACUGUGGUUCAGGUAAGGCAGUUGUCCAUAUAUCCAUGAAGCCACGCAGCCCCAAAAAGAGAGGAAACAAUUUUCUAGGUGUCCCAGUUUAGAAGUUAUGGCUUUAGGUAGCAAUUCCUGGAUGGCCCUAACCAGCAUGCCCUGUGUGACCCUGCAGAGUGAGAAAUCCUGGAAUUGCUAUGCAAAGCAGGAGCACUGCCUCUAUGCCUUAAU